UAGAGGCAUUUAAAAUAGGGUUCCUGACGUCACCUGACAGCAACACAUCUUUGUCAGUGAACAAAAUGGCGUCCUAUUAUAUGACUGUCACUCGGCUUCGGCUUGUCCUUGGAGAAGGGGCAAGACGUCUCCAUGUCUCGGCAGCCUUCAACGCCAAGGCCAAGGUGGCCAUGAGCCGCUUUGAGCCUGGAACCAGCAUCAACUAUGAGAAGCUACAUGAGAACAUCGAUGUUGUGCGCAAGAGGCUCAAUCGCCCCCUCACUUUGUCAGAGAAGAUUGUGUACGGUCACCUGGAUGACCCCGUGGGCCAGGACAUCGCCAGGGGGCGCACUUACCUGCGGCUGCGUCCGGACCGUGUGGCCAUGCAGGAUGCCACGGCCCAGAUGGCCAUGCUACAGUUCAUCAGCAGCGGCCUGCCCAAGGUGGCUGUGCCCUCAACCAUCCACUGUGACCACCUGAUUGAGGCACAGAUCGGAGGGGUUGAGGACCUAAAGAGGGCGAAGGAAGUGAAUCAGGAGGUUUACAACUUCCUGGCGACAGCUGGAGCCAGGUAUGGAGUUGGCUUCUGGAAACCAGGCUCUGGAAUCAUUCACCAGAUCAUUCUAGAGAACUAUGCCUACCCAGGAGUCCUGCUGAUUGGCACAGACUCCCACACACCUAAUGGGGGCGGCCUGGGCUCCAUCUGCAUCGGAGUGGGUGGCGCUGACGCUGUGGACGUCAUGGCUGGUAUCCCAUGGGAGCUCAAGUGUCCCAAUGUGAUUGGAGUGAAGCUGACUGGUAGUCUAUCGGGCUGGACCUCUCCCAAGGAUGUUAUCCUGAAGGUGGCUGGGAUCCUGACAGUGAAGGGGGGCACAGGAGCCAUCGUGGAGUACCAUGGCCCAGGCGUCGACUCCAUUUCCUGCACCGGUAUGGCAACUAUCUGCAACAUGGGAGCUGAAAUUGGUGCCACCACCUCUGUUUUCCCCUUCAACCACCGCAUGAAGACUUACCUGAAUAAGACUGGACGUGCAGACAUCGCUGCCCUGGCUGACGAGUAUAAGGAUGACUUGGUCCCUGACACGGGCUGCAAGUACGACCAGGUCAUUGAGAUCAACCUGAGUGAGCUGAAGCCCCAUAUCAACGGGCCCUUCACUCCUGACCUGGCCCACCCAGUGUCUGAGAUCGGUGCUGUGGCUGAGAAGAACGGCUGGCCCCUGGAGGUCAAAGUGGGUCUGAUUGGUAGCUGCACCAACUCCAGCUAUGAGGACAUGGGCCGCGCUGCUUCCCUGGCCAAGCAGGCCCUAGACAAAGGCCUGAAGUGCAAGGCCGCGUUCACCGUCACCCCCGGCUCUGAGCAGAUCCGCGCCACCAUCGAGAGGGAUGGCUUUUCUAAGAUCCUGAGGGAUGUGGGUGGGGUGGUCCUGGCUAACGCUUGUGGACCAUGCAUUGGCCAGUGGGACAGGAAGGAUGUGAAGAAGGGGGAGAAGAACACUAUCGUCACCUCCUACAACAGGAACUUCACUUCCAGGAAUGAUGCCAACCCUGCCACCCAUGCUUUCGUCACAUCCCCUGAAAUUGUCACAGCUUUGGCCAUCGCUGGUACCCUGAACUUCGAUCCUGAGACUGACUACCUCACCGCGGCCAAUGGUGAGAAAUUCAAGCUGGAGCCACCCAAUGGCGACGAGCUGCCUGCCCGUGACUUUGACCCCGGCCAGGACACCUACCAACACCCCCCUGCCGAGAGUGGCUCUGUUAUGGUGGACGUCAGCCCCACCAGCACCCGCCUGCAGCUGCUGGAGCCCUUUGACAAGUGGAACGGCAAGGACCUUGACGACCUGCAAGUGCUGAUCAAGGUGAAAGGCAAGUGCACCACAGACCACAUCAGCGCCGCCGGCCCCUGGCUCAAGUUUCGCGGUCACCUCGACAACAUCUCCAACAACAUGCUCAUUGGAGCAAUCAACAUCGAGAACGACGCGGUCAACAAGAUCAAGAACCAGCUGACAGGAGAGUACGGGGGCGUGCCUGAUGUGGCUCGCCACUACAAGGCUAACGGUCUGUCGUGGGUGGUUGUGGGGGAUGACAACUACGGGGAGGGCUCGAGCAGAGAGCACGCAGCCCUGGAGCCCAGACACCUGGGAGGCAGGGUCAUCCUCGUCAAGAGCUUCGCCAGGAUCCACGAGACCAACCUGAAGAAGCAGGGCAUGCUGCCCUUGACCUUCGCCGACCCAACCGAUUACGACAAAAUCCGCCCCGACGACAAGAUCUCCAUCACAGGCCUUGCAACCUUUGCCCCCGGCAAGCCCCUGAAGGGAGUGGUGAAGCACGGUGACGGCAGCCAGGACAUCAUCACCCUGAACCACACCUUCAACGAGAACCAGGUUGAGUGGUUCCACGCCGGCAGCGCCCUCAACAGGAUGAAGGAGCUGCAGUAACUGAAGAGGGUGAAGAGGGGCGGAGGAGCACAGAGAGGCGGGCCUGGAGCUUUUGAGGGGGAGGGGGGCUGCACAGAGGUGGGAAAUGAGCGAUAGCAGCCUGCCUAUCAUAAACACACUCAUACACACACCCACACACCCCAUGUCGCUGUACAGAUGAAAUGUGCGCACACACAUACAUACAGGAUUACUGUGAAAGCACUUCCCACACAGGUAGAGCUCUAUACACACACACACACGCUCUCACAUAACACACACACAAUAACCCAUGUCUUUGUUUCAGCAUAGCAUUUAAGUGUUCCCGUUCUAGGCAGCACUGCUCUUGUUGGCAGUACUCCCUGUUUGUGUAGAAAUCACAUUUGUCACGCUUCAGUGCUGCAGUAUUCAAUUCACUCCUACCUCAAAAACACACAGCUAGCUCUCCAUAUCAGGUCUGUAGCUUGAAUCCUGCUCACAUUCCUUUACCUGUCAUAGUUGGUGUGUUAAGCUGUGUACCUGGACCUCCCCUUGUUCCCUCCAACACAGACAGCUGGUUAACCCAGUUGUACAUUUAAUUCACUGAAUGUAUCCCUUUCAUUCCCAGGAUUUGGAACUCUUCUUAGUUCAAUAUUACUGCUAGUGAAGAUGAAAGUUAAUAUUUGUUUAGUUAGGUCCAUCUAUUGUCCACCAUGGUUCUAGUGGGCCUCAGGAUCUGCCGAUUUUGACUGUGACUGACCUGAAUUGAUACGUUUUAGUCAUUGAUUAGAGAGCAAAUCGCCUAACCUGGUUACCCAGGCCUAAUAACUGUUCAGAUAGUAUAUUAAAGGCAUCAAUGGAACCAUUAGAUUCCGUGGCCCCAGGACCAGGUUGUAGUGCAUCAUUAUUAUUAUUAUUUUUGUAGGGUUUUCCUUUUCCGGAGUUUCUCUUGACCCGUAAUCUAUUUGAAUCCACGGAAUUUGGUGUACUGUUUGUCACUCCUUUGCAUUCCACACUAACUCUCUACUGCUGCUUUCUCCACAUGCUCCAUUUGUUCCAUUUCUACUUGAGGGCUAUUGCGUGAAAUGAUAUCAGAUCCUAGCAGCCCUUUUCUGUGUUUCUCUGUAGGUGGGAGUAAAAUGCUACAUACUGCUGUGUUGUACUAGUCUUUCCAUUACUUUCCAUGUGUGUGUCCAUAUGUGUUAAUGUGUGUUAGCUAACUAAUCAGACCAUUGCCUGUCCAUAUCCCUGUCUGGCUUGGUGCUGCCCCUCUGUCCUUGCUAAUUCCAGGGCUCCACGCACAGCUUGAGGAGACCUCUUACAAAAUGAACGCACAAUCUAGUGUCCAGACGCCUGUACACUAGCGCUAUAUGUAGUAGUAUUGUAGACACUCAGCCACACUUUCAUUAAUACAUUGCAAACGAUGCACUCCAUAGCAUCUUAAAGGAAGGGUGUGAUUUAAUUUGAAAGAUGUUCCAUAACAAAAUAACUGAAUACAAUGACAAAUGUAUACCAUUAUCUGAUUUCAGGUUAUUACAUUUGGCUAAAACUCUUGCCAUGUUAUAUCUACAUUUUGCCACUUAAAUGGUACAUUGUGUGUUUGAGGAUGUUGCAGCUAAGUCUUAUAAAGUGUGACUGUUUUAAGUUGGCUUUGGGGGGGCCAUGACCACCUAUUCGUUGUCUUCUCGUCACUAAUUUACUUUAUAGUAAUUUAGUGAGUUAUAAUCAAUGUAUUCAUGGGAUUACUGUGGAGAUUUGAUUGGCUACUUCCAUUAAAUCCAUUGGUCAUGGUGCCAAGAUGAUUGUAACGUUGCUAUCAAAGUUUAUUUUCAUAUCAGUUUAUUUAGCUUGUCAGUGAUGAACCGAAGAUCUAACCGUCUGUUUUUGUAGUUGCAGUAGGGUGUGAUGAAAGUAGAAAUGCUAUGCCUAUUUUGUCCACUAGCAUAUGGUCUUCAUUGACAAUAUAUUCAUAGAUGAAUGGCCAUAGCUCCCAAUGUCAAACCCAAAAGUAUUUAAAGGAACUUGGUUUGGGCCUGUGUGUAAAUUAUGUGAUAUAGCGGCACAAUGGAUAGAGGUGUACAUAUUCACUAUAUUAUACAAUAGAGAGAGGGGUGGGCAGGAGCUGCCUGGUUGAAUGCAGAGCCUUUCGUUCUCUGAAACCCACUGUAACAAACUAAUAAUUUAAUCUCCCAUCAAUUGUCUUUAUUAAACUGAAGCCUAAAAGUGUUUUGUAUCUAUUUCCCCCUCCCCAAUCUAAGGGUUUCACAACUAGUCAAACCACUAAAUGGGUGGUUGGAGGUUUUUAAAUGAAGGUCAAUUAUUGUUGAAGCACUAAAGUAGGGUUGUCCUGUACGUCUCAAUGUUUUGGAGCUCUUGGACCUGUGCUGUACAGUGGUCCGUCUUUGUAUGUUGCACCCAGGUGAAGGUUGGAGUUGUUUACAAUGUAAAGGGAGCGACUAGUCAGGUGAGACAUGUCUAGGUUUUUUGUUUUUUAAAUGAUUUGAGAGAUGCAGAUAAAGGAACCCCUGAUUUUGAAACAGGAUUGGCUCCAGAUCGUUGCAACUUUAACCCAUGGUGUAUGUGGUUUAGAGAACAUUAACCAACUUAUUAUACACUGUCAUAAUCAAUACUAAUUCGUCAUUUCCUCAACCUUAGCUAAGUUAACAUGUUGCUGAUCAAUUCUCUCUGAUCUGUCUACUGCAAUUAAUUGCCAAAGAUGCCUCAUGAAAAUGCUCCAUUACAUACUAAAACAUAAGUGUUACAGAAAGGUUUGCCAUUGGUUUUGUUAGCAGAACUACGGUUCUUCAUGUCAAUGAACUCCAUGUUGGAGCAUGAAGAUGAACAGUGUAAUGCCAGCAGCGUUCAAGUUUGUCAAUUGUGUUACUAAAGUAAUUCAUACAUUCUUAACAAAUUCACAAAAGUAUUUAAUGCAUUCUCUAAACGGAACCAUUCUGUGUACAUUGUAAUUCAUAAAUAGCAGCCACCCAUGAAGCAGUUUGCUUGUACUGUGAUGUAAUAUACAAUAUGUUGAUCCCUGGUUCAAAUCUGAGUUUCUGAAAUGCUACUGUAACGUGACAAAGCAGAUACUUAAUUGUACACAUUUUAAAUUGUCCUCAGCAAAACCCAAACCUGAGUUUUGUAAACUGCUUUGUUUUAUUGGCCUGGCUAUUUAUUUUCCAUUUUGAAACACUGUCAAUGUCUUACUUCAUAAAAAUGCCUAUUUUGUUCAGAUACUGCAAACAAUUAAAUGCAUAAACCCAUUGACGGGCAUUAUUAAUUUUCAUGUAAUCUCAAGUGGUGAAUUCCGCUUCACUGAUUCCAUAUUUGUUUGAUUUUAAAGUUGGUUUUGUAUUAGGUGAUUUGAAUGCUUGCAGUUUCAUAGCGUGCCAGAUUAAAAGAGAUUUUAGGAUAUUUCCUGUGGUAAAUGAAUAUUUAAUAAAGAUAAUGUUUGAUCUAA